CCAAGCUAACUAGACAGCUAGCACCAACGAAAACCUCUUCUGUAUAUCUGAAUCUGUACAUUUUUCCAAACUGACUGAAAAUAACGUUUACGUAAAUAUUUCAUAUUGAGUUUGUUGGUCGUUUUGCUGAAUUUGAACAACAAAUUAUCAAGCAACCAAGCUAGCUAUUUAAUUGUUAACGCCAUACGGUAGCUAGUGGAUUUCUAAUUCUAAUUCUAACGUUACUGAACGUGAAGGUUUCACGUUAAAUAAUGUCUGGACCAAACGGAGAUCCAAACAUCUCAAUUGACGAUGGUAUCAACGACGACGAAGAUGAAUUAGAUGACGAAGAGUAUGAAGUCAUCAACUCCACACUAGAUCAGAUUAACUCUUAUCUCGAUGACCUGGAAGAUCGGAAUGAUUCACUCAAUGGCAAACUGCACGAAUUAAUGGAGUCAAACAAGCAAGCCCGGCUGGAGUUCAGGGCCCAACUGCUCGGCUCCCAGACCCAAGAGGAGCAAUGUCCUGUAGACGGGGAUUCCUCCUCAACCAACAAGGAAGACCUGAAUAAAGACAAUGGGGAUUGCAAAUGAGUGAGGGGUGCCGAGUUAAUCAAAAUACAGGGAUGGAAAUAUUUAGUUGACUCGACUCCUUACUUGUCUGUUGGACGAAUGAUCCCUGAUCUGCAGAGUUCAUGCCUAUCCAAUUCUUCUCCAUCGGCAGAUGUGACAUUGUGCUUGUCCUCAGUCUCUUUCUCCUUUGUUGAACUGAUGUGCAGAUGUUUGGUUGUGUAACGGAGUUAGAAAUACAUUCUGUUAUUUCUUGUUUUCAAUGUGUUGUAUUUUAUUUUUGUUUGUUGUUCAACAAUAUUGUUGAGUGUUUGUGAAUUUUAUUUUAAUGAGCCAUUUUUAUUUAGUGUUAUUUUUAAAAUUCUGUUUCCUGUGGAAAUUGCUUUCCAUCUGUUGCACUUCCUGCUCCUGAGUCCGUCUCUCCCUCACAAUGGUUUUGUAUUGCAGAGGGUGAGUCGAGUGGGAAAUUAUGUUGCACUGUUUUGGCUCUAUUCUUUAAUGGAAGUGCAAAGAUGGACCAGAAGGCAAUAAGUGUUUUCUGUUGUCUUCUGCAGCAUAAAUAAAUGCUGGGAAAAUCUAUCAUCGGAGUCUACUUCUUCUAUGCCGUUUCACAUCCGUUACACUGGUGCCGUGACCUGGAUCUUUAGACCAGCUUGAUGCUCGUCGCCGUGGAUGUUGUGCUGACGUCCUGAUCCGCCUUUGAAGACCGUUGUGGUCAUAUCAGGUUUUUAAGAGAUUGUGGAAUAGGGCAUAGUGCUUCAAAUUGUUUGAUCUCAGUGUGUCGAUGACUUUUGAUUAUUGAUAUAUAUUUUUUUUUUUCUUUUUUUCUUCUGCAUAUUCAUUGCAUUUCUACUACGUUUGGUUCUAAAUACACAACGCAAGUACAUUUAUUGGUUAUAAAAACGAUCGCUAUAGCAACAAUGGAUGAGUUUGCUAGCCCUAAGUUGCCAAAGGGGAGGGGUGCUUGGCUCAGUCAUAUUUCUAACAGUAGGAAUGUGGGAUACUCUAAACUAACACCGGAUAAUUGUGAUACAGGGCUAGGUCAGAGCCCAGAUUGUACUCCUGUUGGUGGGUUAAUGAGGGGUCCUCUUACGUCCACUCCUGACAGUGAUGUUGAUGCCAUAAACCAUAAACCAUCUCACAGACAUGGUAGGGAAGUUAGGUGUUCAAAUUGGUGAGUCUAUUGUAGAAAUUAAUAUCAGCUGGUGUUGUAAACAUGAACAGUGAUCCCCAGACUACUACCACCCAGACAACACAAUGUACUGUUGACCAACAUGAACGCCCUCCACAUGUGACAGUCCAUGUGAACUCUGAUAAAGGACUUCAGACAUUCAGAGGUGACAAUACUGACAGAUACCCAGUCCAGGACUGGAUUGACAUGACUAAAACACAUCUCCGAAAACGAGAGAUUCCUCUGUGUGACCAAGCAGAAGAAGUUAUGAGCCAUUUGAUGGGCAAGGCCAGAGAUGUUGUGAAGAUUGCCUUGCCUCGUGACCCUGCGCUUAAUGUCAAACAAGAACCCGAACUGAUAUAUAAUGUUCUCCUCCACUACUUCAGUGUCACUCCCUCAUGUCUUCCUCUCGCAGACUUCUAUGCUACCUUGCCUGAGCAUAGAGAAAACCCAGUCGACUACCGGAUAAGACUGAACAAAGCUGCCGACCUCGCUCUCGUAGGCUUACACAGACAAGGGAAGCGGACGGAGAACAUAAAUGAUGAAGUGGCGCUUAUGUUUGUCAAGCACUGCCCUGACCCAGAAUUGUCUUGCACUCUGAAGUUUAAACCACUUCACGAAUGGACCUCGCGUGAUGUUCAGCUGAGGAUUGAUGAAUAUCACCGCGAGUUGAGGUCUAGUGGCGGUGCCGCGGGUACUGCACAUCUAAAGAGCUACAUCACCGCAGUGGCUUCUGACCAGCCCAGUCAGCCAUCGACUGGCCAGGCAGUGCAGUGCCUUACUCAGAGUCCCUCACCUUCCCAUCUCCAAACCCAGCAUCAUGUGUGUCAUCCCCUUUGCCCUUCUCCAGCAUCUGUCCCAGUUCCAGGUGAACUCUGCCAUGCUCCGAGUCGUCCCUCUGUGCCAGUCGUGGCACAAAAUCUCCAACAGUCAGAGGAGAGACUUCUCACCCGUAUGGUCGACAUGUUCCAGGAGAUGAUGGAGAAAAUGCAGUCGCGCGACACUGUGCAUCCAACUCGAGGUGGGCGAUUCCAGCGUCCCUCCCAUGAAAAGCGUUCCAGAGAGGCAGUUUGUAAGGUCUGCAAUGACUCAAGCCACACCACCAUCUCACAUUGUAUGGCUGAGAGACUUUGUUUUGGCUGCCACCAAACUGAACUGCCCUGCCAAAGAUUCAACCCGAUACCAGACGGAGGGAAACUAGCCGACUUGUAUUCAGAGGGAGGCAGUACAGGUCGCACAACAAACUCCCAAACAGACGACAUGUCUGAUGCUGAGACUGUGUACACGUCUGCGAGAGACUCGUGUGAUAAAUCUGAGGUGGUUGUUUAUCAGAAUAUUCACAGAGUUGGCAGCAGUGACAGUCUUUUCUACACACCUGUGGUAAUGGGUGGGACUAUUACAAUAGGUGGCAUGUUGGACAGUGGCUCUAUGGCGUGUAGCAUUAGUGAAACAGCUGAGAUGAAACUGAGAGAUGCUGGAGUGAUAACUGACCAAGAACAAAUUGAUGUCAAUGUAGUCCUUGUUGGAUGUGGUGGACUUCGUGUUAGGCCCAAGUGUGCUUUUGGUGUGGAGAUGGAAGUGUACGGUUCUAAGAUGUUUGUUCCAACACUUGUUGUCCCUGGACAGCAUGAUGAGUUGAUUAUAGGAACCAAUGUUAUAAAACACGUCUUGCGCCAGUCUAAACUCUGCAAGUCCUAUUGGAAGACUGUAUCUGGCCCUUGCCCAGACAAAGACUCAGACACUGAAAGUUUUCUGUCCAUGCUACAAGAGAGCAGAAUCGACAUGCUCAGUUGUACAACAGGAGAGUAAAGGGACCCAAUAUCAAGAUCGGUGACAGGGUGCUCCUGGCCAACAGAAAGGAAAGAGGUAAGAAGAAGCUUGCUGACAGGUGGGACUCAACCGUCUACACUGUGGUGGACGUAAAGACGGAGACACACACAUACAGAAUCCGCGACACAGUCACUGGACGGGAGAAGGUGAUCCACAGGAACUUGCUGAUGCAGGUUAAUUUCCUUCCUGUGGGGGACACAUGUGAAAUGUCUGACCGGGCUUCAUCCCUGCUAGUUACAGGAUCCUCAGCUUCAGGAGAUGAUGGUGGUGAGGCAGAAGAGGUGCCUGGGAGAAGGAGUGAGCCUCGCAGUGUGGCUAGUGAAAGCUUUGACACUGAAAGUGACAGAGAAGCUCCUGUAACUGUGGAAGAUGGACAGGGCAUCUUGACUGAUGCGGUGCCUGUGGAUUCGGAGAGGAGAACCAUUGACUGGAUUACUCAGUUGUCUGUGCCAAGUCUAGCUGAGGCGGAAACGGCUGACAUGACGAGUGUUACUUCUGACCUCCAGAACACAGCUAUCUCACAUGAGGACCACACAACUGAUCAGUCUGUGACUGGUGAUUCUUGCCCUUUGACUGCUGCAGAUGUCUCAGCAGAUGUGAGACAGUCAGACUUUGAUCUUGACAUCACGACACAGACGGACAACACAUCUGACACUUUGCACACUGUGGUUGAGGUCUCACCCGCACACUCUGGUGGUUUUAAUGCACAGGUCAGGUCAAGAUUUGGUCGCAUAAUUAAUCCUGUGAACAGGCUUAUACAGACCAUGUCCAGGCAGGAUGUUGUCCAGGAGUAGCUCAAUGUUGGGGCUGUUUGCAACUCCAUAUUCCAGAUUUUUACUUUUUUAAAUCAUAAGCCGGUAGCUUAUGCCCUUAUGGGUCUGGAAAGUGUUGUAUUAGUAUAAUGUCCCACUGUUCUGUUUCCCUUAUGUCAUGGGCCAGUAUUGCACUGCACUUUCGGUGUGGGUCUUGUGGGGUGUACAAGGCACCCCGUUGCCAGUUGUUGGUUUGAGAGGCAAGCACUGCUCUCGUACCACUUCAUCCUUAUGGGAUACAUUUUAUGUUGGUUUUCUUGAUGUUGGCCCUUUGUAAGUCGUCAACCUGUAAUGUUUUCUUUGGCGUGCACUCUGUAGUCAGUGCUCAUGUUUGAUAAAAUUCAGUGGGGGUGAAUGUAACGGAGUCAGAAAUACAUUCUGUUAUUUCUUGUUUUCAAUGUGUUGUAUUUUAUUUUUGUUUGUUGUUCAACAAUAUUGUUGAGUGUUUGUGAAUUUUAUUUUAAUGAGCCAUUUUUAUUUAGUGUUAUUUUUAAAAUUCUGUUUCCUGUGGAAAUUGCUUUCCAUCUGUUGCACUUCCUGCUCCUGAGUCCGUCGCUCCCUCACAAUGGUUUUGUAUUGCAGAGGGUGAGUCGAGUGGGAAAUUAUGUUGCACUGUUUUGGCUCUAUUCUUUAAUGGAAGUGCAAAGAUGGACCAGAAGGCAAUAAGUGUUUUCUGUUGUCUUCUGCAGCAUAAAUAAAUGCUGGGAAAAUCUAU